UAUAUUGCUGUGUUAGUUUGAUUUAGUUUCUGGACUAGAAGCAAUUUUAGCAAAUAAAUGAAAAGAGAAAAUUACAAAAACCACUAAGUAAAUGUGAUUGUAGAAUAUUCCUGGCUGAUAACAAAUGGAUCCACAAAGCAGAGACACAAUGGCCACAAUAGUUUUGAUCCCAGGCUCUCAUGCUGGAUUACCCCAACUGUUACAUUACAUUAUCCUAAUCUCUGCAUAUGCUGCUGCUCAGAGACAACAGAAGUUUCUCCCCAGAAGGGAACAAGAGUAGAACAAAGGUUUGUGAGACACUUAAUGAGAUUUGGUCACAGGACAGUGUGGCACACCUGCUCUGAUCAGCCUCAUUGUAGCUGAAGCUCACCGUGCACCCUGACCACAGCAGAGAAACUCUCCUACUACAAUUCUUUUGCACAAACUUAUGCACUCUUUGUGCAAAAGUCUAAGUUUUUUUCCAGCGAUGCGUCUCUACCAGAACACACAGGUGUCACAAAAGAUGGGCCUAAGAAAGAGAAACGACAGACAUUACUCCUGGAUGAUCCCGCCUCACCAGGUGAUUGAAAAUCAACAACAGCAGGAAGAUGACCUCAUUAAACCACAAAAGCUGAUAAAUCCCGUCCUGGCCUCUCUCCAGCGCAGAGCUCUUCACCAGGAGCUGUUAUUCUGUUACAGACGAGGCGUGCUGCCGCGAAGAAAGCCGGAGCUGCAGCGCGUAUAUGAACACAAGAGGAGAGAGCAGCACAAGAAACAAGAGCGAGCUCUCCAUCCUCCCUCUGACUUAGAGAUGAAACUGUGCAUAAGACUACAGAAAAUGCAGCUUUAUGAACUGGAGGAGAAGAGGAGGAGGGAAAGCCUGAGGAAUGUGCCAGAGUUUGUUCAUGUGAGACAAACUUUAAAGUGUAUCCCAAAUUCCUCCUAA